AUGAAUUAUUCCAAUUUCACAGAAAACAACACUCUGGAAAGACUCAACUCGAUAUCUUGUAGACCUCAAAUUCCGGAUAAUGACUUAACGAAAGCAUGGAAGACAGUUAUUUACUGUGUGACAAUUCUCGUAUCACUCGUCGGAAACAGUUUGGUUAUUUUGGUGGUUUAUAGGAAGCAACGAAUGAGGACGACUACGAAUUUCUUGAUCGCAAAUAUGGCGGGAAGCGAUCUUUUAAUCGCCAUAUUCGUCAUGACGCCCACUAUUCGCUCUAUUUACACAGGAGAUGAUAUGCUAGUAGAAGGAAUACUAGCUCAACUUGUUUGCAAGCUGGUUACUUUUCUCCAGCAAGCGUCGAUAGCGGUUUCUAUUUUGUCACUGACCGCUAUUGCAUUUGACCGUUUCUUCGCCAUUAUGCUGCCAUUUCGUAAAGUAAUUACUUUCCGCAUCACAAUGGUUCUCAUCUCCUUAACCUGGAUUUUUGGUAUUUUCUAUGCAGCGCCAAUCCUAUACACAAAUCGGAUUUUUACUAAAAAUGGAAGCGACGAUGGAACCUACUGUCACGAGGUAUGGGAGCCACUGUUCAACAGCAGCAAAGCCAGAAAAGACUACACUUUUAUAAACUUUGGUUUUCUGUAUGCUGGUCCGCUCACUGUAAUAACGAUACUAUAUACAGCCAUCGUGAUUGAACUGUGGCGAGGGAAUAACAUUAAAUUUCGCUGCAGUGUGAACCAACAAGAGAUUGAAAAGUCGAAUAGAAAAGUCUUGAAAAUGUUAGCAACUGUGGUUAUUAUUUUUGCAAUUUUCUGGUUUCCAGUUUACAUAUUUCAGUUCAUGUUUUAUGUUCGAGGUCCUGAUUCGUGUUUAUUUCCUGGUAUAGUUCGAUUUAUUGGUUAUUUUCUUUGCCAAGCCACGAGCGCUGUAAAUCCUGUUGUCUUUGCGAUUUUUUGCGAAAAUUAUCGGGAAGGGUUCAAAGAAUCUUUUCGCAACAUAAAACGUCAAAGUAAAAACUUUCUAAGGUGUGGUUCAAAUACCGUCCCAAAUAACAGAAGCAUCGAGGCAUAA